AUGGGCGCCACAGACAGGACUCGAGUGAUGGAUCAGUUGGAGUACUACUUCUCGGACGUGAAUCUCAUGAACGACCACUUCAUGAGACGCGUCGCCCACAAGAACAACGGCUGUAAGACGAGUCACUCAAUCGCAUCCCACUUAUCAUUCAUGGCAUUCAAUGACAUCUCUUCGCGAACAGGGCUUCCGAUGAAGACAUUGAUGCGAUUCCGACGUCUGAACGCUUUGGUCAACAACUCGAUGGAUGUGUUGACGGACGCCGUGAAGAACUCGUCGUCCGAUUUGAUCGAAACGAAUGACACCAUCGAUGGGAUCCGUCGAAAGCCAUGCAAACCAUUGCCGCAGAUGUCGGACCAACUGAUGGCGAGUGUGGACGAGCGCACGGUUUACGCGAAGGGCUUCCCGAAGGAGGCGACCGUCGAUGAGCUGAUCCAAUGGGCGCAACGCUUCGAUGGCUUCGUUUCGCUCCAAAUCGGUCGCCACCGAAGCGGCCGUCGCUUCAGUGGAAGUCUUUUCAUGACAUUCGCCGACAAGUGUUUGGCCGACAAAAUGCGGAACAAAUUGGGCGUCAAAUACAACGACAAUGAGCUGCAGAUGGAAACCAAAUUGGAGUACAAUUUCCGCACAAAGGCUUUCAUUGAUGGGCAGAAGCUUAAGAGUCAGCCGAAGACCAAUGGUGUAAGUAAUGGAUUGUCCGCCAAAGACUUGAUUCCCGACAAAUCAGUGGUGAUUAAGAUAAUGGGUUUAAAGCGAAGCGUUUCUACGGAUCGGCUCAAGAAGUUCUUCACGCCUUACGGGAAAGUGGUUUACUGUGGGCGCCAUCCGGACGGCCACUGUUUAGUUCAGUUCGCCAACUCUUUGGAUACUUUGAACGGCUUAUCAGCAAUUAUGGCGCCAACUAAUGGCGGAAUUGAUCCAAAGAUGGUGAUCAACGGUCAGGAAGUGUCGGCUCAGGUGUUGAGCGGUGACGAGGAGAAGCAGUUCUGGAUUGUGGCCAACCAUAAGAAGUCGGUUCGCAGUCAACGCAGAGAGAAGUUGAACCACAAGAAGGACCGGAAACGGACGGCCAGUCAGACCGGCGACCAAAGCGCCAAACGGUUGGCACAGAACUAAUGGACAGGACUUACGGACUCAGGACUUACGCUAUGAUACAUCACUUAACCACUAAUUUCUUUGUUGUUUUCAUUUGAAUUACUCUUUUAAUUGCUUUUUUUGUAAUUGUGUUUAAAAUGUGAGAUAUAUUUAGUCUAUUUUCUGUUUUUGUUUCUUUUUGGAUAUUAAUUAUGAUUUAAACCACACGUGCUUUCGUUAUUUCAUAUUUUCUAUCAUUUGUUUGGUUAACUAAAUUCACAC